AUGCAAGAACUCGAACUCCGCAUGCCUCUAAUGGACGGUUUCACCCUGAUACCUCCUUACCAGAAAUUCCUGAAGGAUGCAAUGAUGGAGCGGAUCAAGCAAGUACAAGGGAUUGUCAUACUCAAUCAUGAGUGCAGUGCCAUAAUCCAGAGGACUGCUGCACCUAAGAAGUUGAGCGACCCGGGAUCGUUUACCUUACCUUGCUCAAUCCAACCAUUGAAGUUCGGAAGAUGCCUUUGCGAUUUGGGGGCAUCUGCUAGCCUGAUGCCACUAACUGUAGCCAAACGUCUUGGAUUUGAGAAAUUCAAGCCUACCGACGUCCAACUAGUUCUGGUAGAUCGAACUACGAGGUUGCCAAGCGGAGUUUUGGAAGACUUGCUGGUCAAGGUAGGGUCAGUAGAUGUACCAACCGACUUCGUGGUUUUGAAAAUGGAUGUGGAGCCAAGGGAUCCGCUUAUCUUAGGACGUUAUCUUAGGACGACCAUUAUUAGCCACCGCAGGGGCAAUGAUUGA